AUGACAAGGCCUCAGAUGAUCCGAGCCGAUACCUUGGACCUUCAAGACCACGAUGCCCCAUCGGCCAAAGAUCACACCAAACAACCCGAACACCCUAGUCCGUUGGGGGGCGGCCGGCCUGCCCCCCACCAGGAACUUUCCAUUCGCCAUGCCGAUCAAGACUCGAAGUCGGAGAUCUUGGGGGUUCCCGGUUCCAACGGCGGUCAUGAAGCCCGCGACGGCAUGGACAUGUACCGCGAACCUGAAGAUACAGAUGAAGAGGUAGGACAAAACGGGGAAUAUGAUCAUGAAGAAGGCGACUUGGCAGACGGCGAAAGCGACGAUCUCCUCGAUGAUGAUAUGAUGGACAAACUAUCCAGUUCUCCUUCGAUCGAUGACGAGGAUAUUGACUUUGAAUUCGUCUACGCGCUUCACAAUUUCGUCGCAACCGUCGAUGGGCAAGCAAACGCCGCCAAGGGAGAUACUAUGGUGCUUCUGGAUGAUAGCAACAGUUACUGGUGGCUUGUACGAGUGGUCAAAGACGGAAGUAUUGGAUAUCUUCCUGCAGAGCACAUCGAAACGCCCACCGAACGUCUCGCUAGAUUAAACAAACACCGAAACGUCGAUCUCUCGGCGACCAUGCUAGGCGAUAACUCCGAAAAGUCUAAGAAUCCUCUGAAGAAGGCCAUGCGACGACGAAAUGCGAAAACCGUCAACUUUGCUGCACCGACGUACAUCGAAGCGUCAGAUGUCGAGUUCUCCACAGACGAAGAAGAUGAACAUGGCGACUUCUUCAAUGACGAUGAAACAGUCGAGUCGGAGGAUGACGAAGCUCAAGAGCAGAAUCAAGACAUCAUUGUGGAGCCUCUCCGGCCUAAGGCCCAGAAGGAGAAGGCCGCAGAGCGGAGCGAGGGCACACACUCACCUGAAAAGCAAGAACCCGAGAGAACAAGCUCUGAGCCGCGACGGUCGAGCGAGGAGUUCUUUGACCCGGAAGCCGGAACAACAGAACCUACUGUCAGUAGAUCCAGAAAUGGCACUGUACGCAAUACAGAUUCUUUCUUCAAAGACGACACUGCCGAGCCGAAAAAGAUCUCCCUCACGCCUAAUCUGCUGCGCGAUGAAUCUAGCAGUACUACCUUGACUAACGACUGGAAAGAUACCGGCCGUGGAAGCUUCGAAUCCAUCGACAAAGCGACUGCUUCGCAGGACAAGCUUAAAGAUGACAAGAAACGUAAAGACAAGAAACCCGGGAUGCUCAGCGGGCUGUUCAAGAGGAAAGACAAGAAAAGCAAGUCGCCCGAGGAUGAUUUCGAAGAGACUGAGCGAUCUCCAGCCGAAUCUUCAUUCCGAGCUUCACCUCAACCCAAGACAUCCCUAGAGUCUCUGUCGCCAGAACAACGGCCUGUUAAACCCCAGCGGCAGGCUAGCAACAAGCUCCAGAAACAACCGCCGUCUGCGAUCUCUCCUGCGGCUCGAAUUGAUAUACAGGCCGAUUCUGUGGCAUCCGAUCCGAUCAAGGAAAGAGAGAUUGUGAUCGCGAACCAGACAGGCCAGUCGAUUCGACGAGUGACAUCACAGGAAACCGACAACCUCAAGGAAAGCCGAGGAGCCGUGGCCUCUCCCGUCAGCCAGCGGAGCCCCUCGAAGGAAUCAUUUGUUACUCCGUUCGAGUCCCAGGAUCCGUUGGCAUCUCCGGUCGAUCGGCCAUCCAGCGAAGCACAAUGGCGAGGAGCUUACGACUCGGUCGAGCAGCGAGCGGCUACUGGCCAUAUUUCCGUGACAUCUCCGCCUCAGAAGUUCAUCCCGAAGGUAGUGGCUGGCCACACCGACCAAGGAUCGCAGUCUCCGGUCAACGGCUCUCCAAUGGAGUCUCAUAUCCUAAUUGCUGCACCCGGGCUGAGCAAGGAAGCCGCGCUGCGGGCGCGCUCUAUCUCCCCGGCCUCCCCACCAUCGUCGCCUGAGGCCGACGUCGACCUCAAGGGUAGUGAGGCUACCCCCGUCCCUUCACUGGACACACUCUCAGUGGGCACUCCAACCUGGAGCGACGCCAGUCUACGAUCAUACCUCGAUGACGAAAACGACAUUCGCGACCUUUUCAUUAUCGUCCAUGACAAAUCCAAUAUUCCCCCUGCCGGUCCUGACCACCCCGUCACUGGCCGUCUCUUCAAGGAAGAGAGCAAACGGCUCAAAGAGAUGAACAAUCAACUCGACGAGAUGCUUGUCAACUGGAUGUCUCAGCGGAAGAGAUACUCCAGUGCAAUGCGGAGCGUGCGGAGCCCGACCGCCUAG